AUGGACACGACCCGGAGCCCCUGCUCACGGGUGAACUCGCCCGGGGAACGCUACCUGUUCUGCCGGGACGAACACCCAUCGAUCGCAAUACGGAGUCCUUCGGGGCGGGAACGAAGUUGUGAACCGUUCCCAGCCCAGAUGGACCCUCUGAGAGCUGCCUUAAGGGGCAGUCAGAUAGCAAAAGAGAGUGGCUGGCGCAGACCUGGACCGAGGUGUGGACAGAGACGACUGGGCAUACCUUGGGGAAGGGGUCUGGUUAAGCUAUCAAGGAAGCGAACUGGGGACGCGCCGCACCCGUCUGUAAGAACCCGCAAUCAGCUGAACGACUCUAAGCUGAUUCGAGACGCCUGUGACCUCGAGGGGAAAAAGAUAGUCGGGGGCCCCGGUGAGCGUUGA